CAUGGUCAAAGUCGUGCAAGUGAACGCUAGCUAGCUUUGAUUAUUAUAUAUUUUUGUGUGGACUGAACAAGAGAAUUGAAUGAUAAUUCAUAAUUGAAUGAGAUGGAAACUUCUUGGCAAUAUCGUAAGUCGCCCAAACUAUUCAAUGACAAAACGAAAACAUAUAUUAAAACUGGUUUUUUGAGGUAAAAUAUUAACGCUUUCGCAAUAUUUUGUCUUUCGUUUUCCAACGUUUAGAUAAAUCAAAAUAAUUAGGUCUAUAUACUGUUCCAUACUUUGAUGUCAGAAAAGUCAUGCUGAGCUAACUAGCUUUAGAAAGUCAUAAAUAUUUAGUUGUAAGCCACCAAUAUUGACCUGAGAAGAGUAUUGAUGACUGAAUGGACAGUAUAUUAACUUUUCAAUAUAAUAAAGCUUCAGAACUUUUUGUCAAGCAGUGAGUUUUGAAUGAAAAAAAAAAACAAAAAAACUUUCCCAUUGAUGAUCAUAAUGUUGUGCAGACGAUUAUUGAAGCAGGAGGCUCUUUUACUUAUAUUUCAGGUCCUGACGUUGCUCCAUGCGAGUAUCUACGCAGCGAAUAUCAGACCUGUUUGUUCUUCCUCAUGCGGGAGCUUCUCUAAUAUAAAAUCUCCUUUCCGAUUCACCACUGAUCCCUCCAGCUGUGGAGAUUUCAGGUACAAUCUUUCUUGCGAGAACAACAUUACAGUCUUAAACUUGCCUAUUGGUUAUAUCCCCCCCACGCUAUAUCAAAGAUACUACGUACUGGCGAUCAACUAUGACAACUAUACGAUUCGAGUUGUUGAUCCCAAUUUUCACAAACUUCAUCAAAACUACUCAUCCUUCUUCACCAACAAUACUUUGUCCCUUGGAGACUUCAAUUUAUAUGAUACUUCUUAUGCAGCAACAAUUCUUUUAGACUUCAAUUCUCGUGAGAUGACGCGAGAUAUUGCCAAAACUUUAGUGUUGAUUAGCUGUGAAAGAGUAGUGAUGAAUUCUUCUUAUUAUAUCGAUGCAGCUCCUUGCAUAUCAAGUCAUUAUAACAAUGAUAAUAGCAGUUUCAUUUAUCCUUAUUUUAUAUUGAAUGCUAAUGAUAUGAAUCCUUCUGAGUUGGAUGAGUCCUGCUUCACACAUCAAGUGACUCUCAUUGAUGGUGAAAGCUUUCAUGGAUCCCAAGCCACCUGUUAUGACAUCAAGAAACAGUUAUCUCGUGGGUUUCAGCUUUCAUGGAUUCGGAGUUUUGACAAAACAGGGACUGCAGGGUUUUGUGCCCUUAAUGAAAAGUCCAACAAAGUCCGUUGUGAAUAUGGUCAACGAUUUUGUGAGGUGACGUUCGAAAUACUUUUUCGCCAGGCUAUGUUUUACACAAAAUACUACUUAUAUGAGAACGGACGUUACAAAUACACUGUGGGAUUCUUGGGACCAAGAGCAAUACCUGGAUUUUUAUUUUUUAUUUGCCUAUUGGUGUAUAAAUGGAGAAGACGACAUUUAUCAAUGUACGAUGGCAUCGAAGAUUUCCUCCAAAGUCAUAACAACCUCAUGCCUAUAAGAUAUUCUUAUCGAGACAUUAGGAAGAUGACCAAAGGAUUUAAAGAGAAACUAGGUGAAGGAGGGUUUGGCACUGUGUAUAAAGGACAACUUUCUAGUGGUCCCUUUGUUGCAGUCAAAAUGUUGGAAAAAUCCAAGACUAAUGGGCAAGAUUUCAUCAAUGAGGUUGCUACCAUAGGUAGGAUUCAUCAUGUGAAUGUGGUGCGAUUAAUUGGGUUUUGUGUUGAAGGUGCAAGACAGGCUCUUAUAUAUGAUUUCAUGUCAAAUGGAUCCCUAGAAAAAUACAUUUUUUCACGAGAAAAAAUGUCUGUCUCUUUAAGUUAUACCAAAGUGUUUGAGAUCUCACUUGGAAUAGCUCGCGGUAUUGAGUAUCUUCAUCAGGGUUGUGACAUGCAGAUUCUUCAUUUCGACAUUAAGCCUCACAAUAUUCUACUUGAUGAAAAUUUUAUUCCAAAAAUUUCUGAUUUUGGGCUAGCAAGAUCAUGUUCGUUGGAUAAUAGCUUAGUAUCUUUAACAGUUGCAAGAGGAACCAUAGGAUAUAUAGCUCCGGAAUUAUUCUAUAAAAAUAUUGGAAGAGUUUCGAACAAAGCUGAUGUGUACAGUUUUGGUAUGAUGUUAAUGGAAAUGGCAAACCAACGAAAAAAUGUGAAUGCACUUACUAAAAACUCAAGCCAUGUGUAUAUUCCUUUAUUGAUACACAAGCAAUUCAAUAAAGGAAAUGACAUAGAAGUGGAUGAACAUGUGACAGAAGAAGAAUCAAAGACAAUAAAAAAGAUGGCCAUAGUUGCGCUGUGGUGUAUACAACUAAAGCCUUGUGAUCGUCCUACAAUGAGCCAAGCCAUAGAAAUGCUUGAAAGUAACUUAGAGUGCCUACAGGUGCCCCCAAAUCUCCAUCUAUAUCCUCAAGAGGCCGAGAGCAAUAAUAACGAAGAUGCAGAGAACUCUUUCUCAUUAACAUUGUCUCAAGAGUAUUCUACAGAUGACAAUUAAUAGUUUACUUACACAAAACAUAAUAAGACUAUUUAUUAUAAAACGUCUGAGCUUGUACGAGAAAUUUGUUAAUCAAUUUCAUGUCUAAUUUGUUAAGCAAUAAUUGUUGUAGUGAAUAAAAAUAAUAAAAAGAGAGGGCAUA